UGGUCGCUCUGGAGCGCAAGCUGCGACAUGGUCCACUAUGCGGCAGGCUGGGUCCUGGGCCUGGGCCAAUUGGUGUGCGAGAGUCUGGGGGGGUCAGAGCUUAACGCAGGACAGCUCGCCGAGGUUUCGAGCUGCCUGGGUGACCCUGAUUGACGUCGCAUAUAUUAUUAACUCGGGCUUGUCAGUCAGUCUCUUUCGCCCGCUCUUUCUCUCUCUCUCGUCUCUCUCUCGUCUCUCUGUCUGUCUGCCUCUGCCAGAGCGGCCUAACGUUACCCAGCAGGGCAACCUACUAGGUAGGUAGGACUGCAGAAAGCGUGUUGUGCGCAGGGUGACACAGUCGCAGUAAGUCGGGGUAGAGGUAGCUAGAGACAGGACGGGAGCUACAUCUGUUAUCAAACGUUCGUCUAUUGCUGCUCUCCUCGUCGCGAUGUCGGUGCCGCAGGGUUCCCGCCGAGAUCCCGCCUGGGCGGGUGUGGAUGCGCAGACUGGGCAAAGGCACAGGCAGUGGGCAGUGGGCCGCCUGUAACUGCGGCUGUGGAUUGCCCUGCUGUCUCUGAGACCGGCAAACCCACCGGCUCUGUCUCCAGCUGCAGCGAGUCGUGAUGUGACCCAGCUUUCCCGUCCGUCACCGUACGCGAGAUCUGAAAACCGAGACGGGCCGAGAUUGCCAACCGUCCAGACGCCCUAAGCCGGCGCUAAUGAAGAGGCACAAGGACGUGCAAAAUGGAUGUUCAAUUUUGGAAACUGUUGUCGAACGGGAAUUAGAAUAUAAAAAAGAAAAUAG